AUGCAGGCUGCCGCUUUCCCCAUGCGCAGAUCAGGCAUGAUCGCGGUAGCCCCUUGGCGGCGGUGGCGGCAACAUGACCGUAACGAAUCCAGUUGGUGUAGGCGUCGGAGAAAUAGCCAUGGAUCGAACGACCAUUACGCCCCUCCCCAAUUCGCGCCAGGCGAUCGAGUGCCAUCAAGCUGUCGAAGAAGCGGGUUUCGGGGCGGCGUGGCUGGCGGUUCGGUCUCCGAGAGGCAUGCUGUAUGUCGGCCUCCUAAUCUGAUCGCCCGGAAUGUGCACGCAAUCAUCCUGCCCCAACCUCCGCUCGCACUGAGCGAAGUCGAAGCUGAACGGCCGUGGAAUUCACGGAAACGAACGCGACCGGACGAUCAGGCCCCUCCUUACCCCCACAUAAAUGCCCGCAACCCGCCACGCGCCGUCUUCGCGCUCCAGCGUCAGCGUUUCGACGAUGUCCGCCGAGGUCCCGAACCGCGUAUUGAAACGCACCAUCCGAUAACCGGCGGUGGCGCGGGAAUGUCGUCCUGCUCCAACAAGGUCACCCGACACCAUCUGCAGCAGCGUCCGCGCGCUGACGUCCGCCAUUUGGACCCCACUGUUGUUGAGCUUGCAACGCUGCUGGUCGUCCAGGCGGUAGCUCUCGGCCCAGCGCCCCGGUCGAUCAGUUGCAGGAAACGCCGGGCCCGCCUCCACCACCCGCCGGGUCGGCGGCCGUCGCGGAAAACAGGGCCGCUUGUGGCGGGGCGGAGGCCAUCUGGGUCAGGCCGCCAAGGGCGAAUAGUCCGAGGACUAGGUCGAGGUCGCUCCGAUGAUGAUCCGGGGACGGCGGAUGCCGUGUCCCCCGCCGACAACCGGCGCCCGGCUCAUCCGUCAUCGGCUGCGGCAGGGCCUCCCCGAUCCUUCUGUCCCCAUAUAUUCGGGGGGCGGCGAUGCGAUCGCCCCGCCUUCCGCAUCAGAAGCAUCCGCACCGCUUCCGGCUGCUCGACACCGACAGCUUGCGACGCGUCCUGCAGCCGUUCGUUGAUGGUAUGGGACCGAUAG